UAUAGUGUGUAGGUGUAUGUUAUCAACAGGACAACUGUACUGUUCUUUGGCCACAUAUACAUUUUGUUAUUUUCAAACUGAAGGGAAGUUUGAGAGGAUUUCUUUGGCACAGCAAAACUUAAGUCUGAAAUGACAGAACCACUAAUACCAGUGAAGGUGGAGAUCAAAGAAGAAGACUUUGAUGAUUUCCUCCAUGAACAUAUUUUGGCCAGUAAAUUGGAAGAUAAUACUGUAUUGGAACAUGACUGUAAGACUGAGACACAAACAUCAUCUACUUACAAAGAAGAGAAAUUCAUACCGGUGGACAUUACAGAGGGAAAUGAUUCAUAUACUACAAACCCCAUUUCUCUGGCCCAGAUGAACAGGGCAUCAGUGGUGCUGGUGGACUGCUGUAGACCACAAGGACAGCGAGGGACGAACAAGCAGACCAACGGAGAUGCAGAACCGUCUGAGACCAGAGUUGAAAGGAUCACACAUGGGAAGAGUUUCAACAGAGGAUCAGAUCUCAACCCACAUCAGGCAACACAGUCUGGACAAAAGUCACACCACCGUGCUCCAUGUGAGAAGAGUUUCAAAACCAGCAGAAACCUCAAUAUCCAUCAGAUAACACAUACUGGGGAAAAGUCUAAUCAUUGUUCAGAAUGUGGAAAGACUUUUACUCUGGCAUGUACUCUCAAGACACAUCUGAUGAUCCAUACUGGGGAAAAGCCAUAUCAGUGUUCAGAUUGUGGUAAAACUUUCAAUCAGAUGGGUCAUCUUAAGAGACACCAGAGGAUCCAUACUGGGGAAAAGCCAUAUCGGUGUGCUACAUGUGGGAAGAGUUUCAGAACCAAAGGAGAACUCACUGUCCAUCAGAGAACACAUAUUGGAGUAAAGUCAUAUCAGUGUUCAGAUUGUGGAAAGACUUUUAGUCAUGUGAGUAGUCUGAAGACACACCAGAGGAUCCAUACUGGGGAAGAGCCAUAUCACUGUUCAGAUUGUGGAAAUACUUUUACUCAGGCAGCUCAUCUCAAGCCACAUCAGACAACAAAUACUGGACAAAAGCCAAUUCAGUGUUCUCAAUGGGGCAAGGCCAUUGAUAGUGACUCUCUUCUCAAGACAUGUCAGAAGAUCCACACUUGGGAAAAGCCAUAUCUGUGUACUACAUGUGGGAAGAGUUUCAAAAUCAGCAGAGAACUCACUAUCCAUAAGAGAAUACAUUCUGGAGAAAAGCCAUAUCACUGCUCAGAGUGUGGAAAGACUUUUAGCCAGAUCAGUUCUCUUAAAACACACCAGAUGAUCCACACUGGGGAAAAGCCAUACCAGUGUACUACAUGUGGGAAAAGUUUCAGAACCAGUGAAAAGCUCACUAACCAUAUGAGAAUACAUUCUGGAGAAAAGCCUUAUCAAUGCUCAGAGUGUGGAAAGACUUUCAGUCAGACCGGUUCUCUUAAAAAACAUCAGAGGAUCCACACUGGGGAAAAGCCAUAUCAGUGUACUAUAUGUAAGAAGGGUUUCAAAACCAGUGGGGAACUCACUCUUCAUAAGAGAAUGCAUUCUGGAGAAAAGCCAUAUCACUGCUCAGAGUGUGGAAAGACUUUUACCCAGAUCAGUUCUCUUAAAACACACCAAAUGAUCCACACUGGGGAAAAGCCAUACCAGUGUACUACAUGUGGGAAAAGUUUCAGAACCAGUGAAAAGCUCACUAACCAUAUGAGAAUACAUUCUGGAGAAAAGCCUUAUCAAUGCUCAGAGUGUGGAAAGACUUUCAGUCAGACCGGUUAUCUUAAAAAACAUCAGAGGAUCCACACUGGGGAAAAGCCAUAUCAGUGUUCAGAAUGUGAAAUGACUUUUGCUCAAGUCUAA